AUGAAUUUCGAGCUUCCAUCAGAGUUGAAAGCUCAUAUAGAGUCUAUCAAUUCAUUUAUCCGUUCAAAUAUCCUGCCACUGCAGCACACAGGUGACAAUGAUCGGUUCUUCGAUCACCGUCGUGAAUAUGCCCGAACCGAUUGGGACAACAAUGGGAACCCACAAAAGGAGUGGGAAGAGCUUUUAUGUGAGGCACGCAACCGAGCUGAUGCCGCUGGUUUCUAUCGAUUCGCCCUACCCCAAGUAUACGGCGGCCAGUCCCAUCCAGAUACCAACCUAUGGAUGUCAGCUAUUCGCUACCACCUAACCUCGCACCCAGUAUACGGUGGCGGCCUAGGCCUCGCCAACGACCUCCAAAACGAGCACAGCAUCGUAGGAAACUUCCCAGACGUAUUAAUGCUCCACCACUUCGGCAACGAAGACCAAAGAAAAACCCUCAUACCAGCACGUCUACAAGGAACCUUCCGAACAACAUUCGGCCUAACAGAGCCCGACCAUGGAAGUGACGCCACAUACAUGUCCACAACAGCACGUCAAACCCGAGGCGGGUUUGAAAUCACAGGGGCAAAGAAGUGGCAGACAGGCGCGCAUCACUGCACGCAUUUCCUCAUUUUCGCCCGGACUUCAGGCCAGCCGGGAUCUGCACAGGGGAUCACUGCUUUUCUUGUUCCCCGUGACACGGCAGGACUACGCAUUGCUAGCUACGAAUGGACGCUUAAUAUGCCCACCGACCACGCAACUGUCGUCCUGAACCAGGUGUGGGUGCCCGAGUCGGCGGUUUUGGGAUCUGUUGACCAGGGACUAGCCAUUGCGCAGACCUUUGUACAUGAGAAUAGGAUCCGUCAAGCAGCCAGCUCAUGCGGGGCAGCAAGGUACUGUCUUGAUCGGAGUAUUGAGCGUGCCCGGUCCCGGAAAAUAUGGGGUGAGGGCAAGACUUUGGCUGAUAACCAGGCUAUUCAGUUCCCGGUUGUUGAGCUUAUGACUCAGGUUGAGAUGUUGCGUCUGUUUAUCUUCAAGACAGGCUGGGAGAUGGAUCGUGUUGUGGCUGAGUGUCAGGCGUCGGGAAAACGGCCAUGGGUUGAGAUUGAGCGCCGACUGAGUGAUCAAGUAGCCAUGUGUAACUUUUGGGCGAACCGACUUUGUUGUCAAGCUGCCGACCGGGCCAUUCAGAUUCACGGGGGCGAUGGGUACUCUCGCCACUACCCUUUUGAACAUAUCUAUCGUCAUUUCCGUCGGUAUCGCAUUACCGAAGGGGCAGAGGAGAUCCAGAUGCGGAAGAUUGGCGCGUAUAUAUUUGGAUUCGCAGGUCCGAAGAAAGACACGGCUGCUCAGCAGUCCAAGGCUAAGAUCUGA